AUGGCCAAGGGUAAAGAUAUACGAAUAACUGUUAUUUUGGAAUGUAGCAGUUGUGAUAAAAAGAGUGUUAAUAAGGAAUCUAGGGGUAUUUCUAGAUAUAUUACUCAAAAGAAUCGACACAAUACACCCAAUCGAUUGGAAUUGAGAAAAUUCUGUCCCUUUUGUUGCAAACAUACGAUUCACGUCGAGAUAAAGAAAUAG